CCGGUCGUGGGCUCAGUCGGUGUGUCCGCCAAGUUGAAAAUCCGUCGCUUCUCUUGCCCUUCUUACGCCGCGUAACUGUAUACAAGCCGGCUACGCGCCGUUCUCGCGUGCGAUCCACAUAUCUUUUUAUUUCAGUGUAAGAACAAACGCGCGGUCUCUCCCGCAUAAGACCUCCUGUGCCGGGGGAUGGUGUCCUGCCGGCCGGUUCACCGAACUCUCCGGUACCCGAUGUCGGUGGUCACGCGGCGAUCCUUCGGAUAGUCCUCGUCAGCCGUGAAGCCGGGAAAUCCGGCAAAGAUACCGGGAGAUACUGUGCGCGCGAGGUACUGUGUCCGCGUGUGUGCACAAGUGCACGCAUUUACGUACACACGCGUGCUCGUCGGCGCAUUUUCGCGUUUGUGUGUAUGUGUGUUUACGUAUGGUGAUCCGUGCUGACUGUGCAGGGUGCAACGACUCGGCGAGAAAGAGAGAACGAACGAGAGACAGCAGAUUUCAAGCCGCAAGUUUUCCUCUCGUCGGCCCCGCUGCUCCGAUUGCCAUCGCCGGCUGCCUCUUCGUAGACAUGUCCCUGCUGGACGUCCAAUUGCGGCAUUAGGUGACAUAUAGGCGCACACGUGCACCAGCCAUGGCAAGAACAACGAUAUACUGGUUCUGGUGCUUGCUGUGCUUAAUUUUACAUCUUCGGGGCGCUCACUCCAAAGUCGGUUUGUGCGAGGUGGAAUCGGGACACUCGAACAUCAUCCUUGAUAUCGAGGAGAGCAGAGGAAAUGCGAUCGAUCAGAAGACCGUGCCGGAAGAGCUUCCGGUGUCAGGCGACCCAUACAACGAGACGACGUUGGAACUGAACUUCAAUGGGAGGGAACCUCUCUUUAAGCUAAACGGCAAGAAACUGCAGCUUCUACAGCCACUGGAUAGGGACGAUAAAAAUCUCUCGCAUACAACUUUUCAGCUCAACUGCACGGUGAGGUCCACGAAUAAGCACCGCGGAAUCCCGGUGAUCGUGAGGGUGUCCGACAUCAACGACAAUGCGCCGAAAUUCACCAACACGCCGUAUGAGACCACCGUCCCGGAGCUCACUCCGGUCGGCUCCACGAUCUUCAAGAACGUGAUGGCGGUCGACGCCGACGCCGGCGUCAACGGCAUCGUGGAGUACUCGAUCGCGCCCGGCGACAGCAGCAUGAUCGGCGGCAACGAGGGUGUCGGACGCGACAGGAUUACCACCGCCGACGGCUACGGUUACUUCAGUAUCCAUCUGCCGCACCAGGGGCAGGUCACGGUCAAUCGUACGCUGGACUACGAGAAGACCCAGCGUUACCUUGUCACCAUCUUGGCCUCGGAUCGGGCGAGGAACAUCAGUGAAAGAUUCACGUCCACGACUACGUUGACAGUCAACAUUCGGGACGACGACGACCAGGAUCCGUCCUUUAUUUAUCAAGGUUGCAUGCUUUUGGAUGGCGCCUGCAUUAAUCCGGAGUACUCGGCGUCGGUAUCGAGCGGAGUUCUAUCUGGCAUACUCAAUAUCUCGCCCGAGAAAAUCCAGGCGGUCGACAUGGACAGCAUAAACGCGCCGAUCCAUUAUUCCUUCCUAAGCGGAAAUCCGCCGAAUUACCGUGAUUUCUUCGAGAUCAACCCCAACACCGGAGCGGUGAGGCAAAUCAAAGCCGUCGACACGACGGUAACGAAGAAGUUCGAUAUCAUCAUUAAGGCGGUCGAGGUGUCAGAAGCGAAACGAUCAGCCACUGCCAAAUUAACGAUCACCGUCAAACCAGUCGAUAGUAACCCACCCGUUAUAACGGCCUCAAGUAUCGAGGGAUACGUCGACGAAAACGCUCCGAUCGGCACAAAGGUCAUCGAUAAAAACGGGAAUCCCAUUGUGCUCAAUGUGUCGGAUGCUGAUUUGGGGCCGGACGACCCGAAGCCAGCUUACACCUUCGAGCUGACCACGAACUUCUUCGCGAUCGAUCCCGCCGGCAUCCUCGUCGUGAACGAGGAGAAUCUGGACCGGGACCCUCCGAGUCCCGGCCGUUUCCGCUUCCAGGUGGUCGCCCGCGAGAGAACGGGUGUGGCCGCCUCAUCGCCUUUGUCGUUCGUCGUGACGUUGAACGACGUUAACGAUAAUGCGCCGCAACUUCCGAUGAUGACGCCCAUCACCGUCCAAGCGGGAGAAACGAAGAGACAAGUAACAAAGGUGGAGGCCACGGACAACGACGAAGGGGAGAACGCCGAGAUAACCUACAGCAUCUAUCAUGUGUCGAACAAUGGCCUACAGAAGUUCAAGAUCGACCCGAAGACCGGGGUCAUCGAGACCAUGAGGAAACUGAACGCCGGCGAGCAGUAUAGCAUCACCGUGCAGGCCACCGACAAGGGCGGCAAAUCCUCGCAGACAAUCGUCGAAGUGAACGUCAUUCCCGGCCCGAACACCAGAAGUCCCGUGUUCCAGCAGCCGGUGUACGAGGUGCAAGUCAGUGAAGGAGCCUCUAUCAAUUCCACAGUCGCUACUAUCACUGCUACCGACCCAGAAAACGAUCCGGUGUCAUAUUCGAUAGUAUCGGGAAAUGACUUGCGCCAGUUCGCGAUCGGCGCUAAAUCAGGCGUUAUUACAGUUAUAAGGAAGCUAGACAGGGAGGACUUGACCCGAUAUCAGUUGCUGAUAAAGGCCGAGGACACCGGUGGUCUCUACAGCACUGCGACUGUCAACAUCAUGGUCACCGAUAUCAACGACAAGAACCCCGAGUUCGUGAACCUGCCUUACGAGUUUUCCGUCAAGGAGGGCGAAGCGCGCAAACUGAUCGGCCGCGUGCACGCCGAAGACGCCGACGAGGGCAUCAACGCUGAGAUCACUUACUUUGCGCCCGACGAUAUCCCCUUCACCGUUGAUCCUGAGACCGGCGACGUUCUCACCAAGAAAGUGCUGGACUACGAGCAGAACAACGAAUACAAAUUCGUGGUGACUGCGAGGGACGGAGCUCCCGAUUACCGUUUGGCGACUGCGACGGUCACAGUGAAAGUCAUAGACGUCGAGGACGAGGUUCCGCUCUUUCACCAGAGCAGCUACGAGGCGCGUGUCAAGGAAAACGUGCCCGAUUACAAUGUGAUUCAAGUCACGGCCGAUGAUCCGGACACAAAGAAGCAAAUUACAUACAUGAUCAAGCAAGGGGAUACCGAACUCUUCACCAUAGACCCGAAGACCGGAGUCAUAAAAACUGUCCGCGGUCUCGAUUACGAGAAGGAUAACCAACACGUUCUCAUAAUAGGCACCGUUGAGAACACCAGCGAUUCACCUGGCUCCACCACCCGCGUUGUUGUGAAUGUUCAGGACGUUAACGACAUUCCACCGGUAUUUACGUCGGUGCCAACUCCCAUUACUCUGGACGACGAUGUCCCUAUCGGCACGACCGUGACCACGCUCGUGGCGGAGGAUUCCGACGGCACUGUGCCGGGAAAUCAGGUUCGAUACGAGAUCGUCGGCCGCGGUAUUGCCAGCAAGUACUUCGCGAUCGACGUUGAUACCGGCGUUCUCCGAAUACGAGACGACUUGCGCAAAGAGACCGACUCCGAGUAUCAGGUCGACGUACGCGCAUACGACAUGGGAGAGCCGCAAUUGUCCUCCGAGACGACCGUGCCGUUGUACGUUCGUCAUGUGGCGACGGUGCCGCCGGAGAUCGGUCUGGGCUUCGCGGAGAACUCAUACAAUGUCGACGUGCCCGAGGACGCGAACGACAACACGCUAAUAAAGACAAUCACCAUCAUCAACAGUCACGCGCACGACACAACGCCGCUGAGGUGCGAGAUUUACAGCGGCAAUGAGGCCGGCCUGUUCCAAGCGAACGUCACGGAAGAGCGGAAUUGCGCGCUGUUGUUGAGAAGAGGCGCCUUGGAUUAUGAGACCACGGAAUCCUAUCAGAUCAAGAUUAAGCUGGAAUCGCUGUCGGGCCUCUUGAACUCAGGCAGAAACACGACGAUGGUGAAGAUCCAGGUGAUCGACGUGAACGACAACAAGCCUGAAUUUAUUUUUCCGGAGGCGAGCCAGGCGCUCACGAGGGGACGUUACUUCGCCGCGAUCUCGCGCACCGCGCAAUUCGCGUCCACCGUCAUACAGGUGAAGGCCCACGAUAAGGACAACGGGAAGUACGGCAAGCUGGAGUACAAGAUCCUGGAGGGACGUGGCUCCGGCUACUUCGCCAUCGACAGCUCCACCGGUAUAAUCAGGACCACGGCGACGUUCGAUCACGUGGGCUCGUCCGAGCUGCCGUUCAAGUUCGACGUUCGUGUGCGCGACAAUCCCAACUCGACCAACAAUUACAACUCGAUCGUCGCCCCAGUGAUCGUCAACCUCAUCGGUGAGGAAAACCUGAUGAUCCUGGUGGUACAGGACGCGGCGCCGGACGUGCUGCAGAAGGAAGCCGGCAAGAUAGCGAACAUAAUAGAGGAGAAGAGCGGUCUGUUGAUCGGCAUCGACAGGGUCGUGGUGAGGAAGGUCCUUACAAAGAAUGGCACUAUCGAAAUGUUUCCGCAGGACUCCGACGUCUGGUUCUACGCGGUCGACCCGGAUACCGAAGCCAUACUCGACAGAAACAGCUCCAAGGUGCAAAGAUCGAUCAUGGAGAAACCAGCUAUGUCGAACAUCACUUUUGAUGUGUCUACGUUAAUACGGGCGAAUGCCAUCAACAUUCACGCACCCGUAAUGACACCUGAACCGGUGCGAACGCAAACAGCAGUUGCAUUCAGCGGUGAGGUGUUCCCGUAUGCGUUGAUUAUAAUCGCUUGUGUGAUCCUGAUCCUCGGCAUCGCCGGCAUAAUCUACAUAUGUGUCUCUUGGUCCAAGUACAAGGCGUACAAGGAGCGAAUGCAACGCAUGUACGUGGUGCCGCGAUACGACCCCGUUUAUGUGGAACCUAAUCUGAAGGAGUACGAGACUCAGGUACUGCAGAUGAGCGUGCCAGUCGACGACAACGACAGUUACAACGACUUGCAGUUAGACUUUAGCAACAAGAAUCACGCGUUCAGCCUUGACAACGUCAGUUACAUCACCAAAGAUCACGGAGACAGUACAGGUCAACAAAGUCCCGUUAGCUCGGAGGCGGCGACCACGGCUCGCGCGUCUAGCAUCGUCGGCAAUCACGGCGACGCCAACAUCCAUUCCCUGCGAAGAUCGACAUUGGGCCGAAAGAAUCACAGCGCGAGCAACACGAACACCCUGAACAAUCGCGACGCGACACCAGUCCUUAAUCCCCUGUACAAUCACGGCGCAGAUCUGCUGAGCCCUAGUCCGUCCAACGACAACGUCACCUUCAGGGAGAGGAAGGAUUACUCUCAUCUCGGGUUCACGUAUCUGGGCGAGCAGAGUCCCGUCGAGACGACGACGGAAUUGUAAGUUACGCGGCUCAACGAUGCGCGGACAUCGAUCAUUUUCGAAAGACUGUCGCGGAAUCGCGCGUGUUCACUCGGCUUUGCGAGUAAGUUGCGGCACAUCCCGUAGUAUUCACACCCUCUUGGUAUCGUGCACACGGUGAUGCACUGUGAUGAGCGUAAUAUUCCGUAGUAUUCUCGUCCCAAAAAGUUCCGUCGGUCCUCAAAGAUACUCAAACGCUCGAGAAUUCCGCGCGUGAGAUCGAUGCUAAUCCAGCCCCCUUCGUCCAUGCCGUACUUCACGGCGGAGGCAGUAGACUGUUCUUCCUUUACCUUCGCUCAAACUUCGCUGCAGCAACGACGUGUGGUGUGUACGAAACGUGGCAGCGCGAGGACACGGGAUAUAAUCGAUAGCGCGCGAAUGGUUCUUCCACUAAUCUGUCGACAAACCCCAAAGCGCCAUACGAAGGGUAAAGUGUGAAAAGCUUCUAGAUAGUCGAGGAGAACCUCUAUACCUAUACACAUCCCCCCUUUCCAUAUGUCAUCUUCUGAAUAUAUACCGGUGCUUGCGCGCCGAUGCGGAGCGCGCGACACAUACGCGGAGAACUCGCGGCGGGAUGCAUUCUGAACGAGUUGCUCCGUAUGUGAUAUUCAUAAAAGAGAAGUAAUAUAGCGUUCAGAGACACAACGACGAAACGAGGCCGCGAAAGUAUCGCCCGAGCGAAAGAAUGAACGCGAAUGAAAAGGCCGUCCUCUUGAGCCAGCCGAUAUCCCGUACGACUUCAUCCCUUCAUCGCAAACUUUGCUGCAUUUUGUUUGUUUGUACUUCUUUUUUUUUACCUUUAAGCUCGCGACGUUACGCCAAUAAACUGCGACGUCAUGAACAAUGGCCAUUGUUGACAUCGCGAUGUCCGGUUGUCGUAAGUUAUUAUCGUAUAUCCGUGAUUUUGUACAAGCGCGACGCGUGCUCGAUUUAAUCGCGUCUCGACCGGCAACGUCGACUGUAUUCCGAUUGGGGGAUCGUCGGACAGAUUAUUUCCCGUCCGCGACGCGUUAAUGUACAUUUUCAUCGAGUUUCAAUCGUGAAGAGCGAAAGUGCCCACUGCGCGCGUGCAAUUGUCCGACGUAGGCUCGGAUCUGUAUUAAUAGUCGUCGUCUGAAACUUGUCUCAAAUAAGAUGCUCGGAUUUGAGCAUCGUAUUAGAGUCGGAUGUGAGUUUUUCCAGUGGUAUCACGAUUGCAAAUGUAAUGUUACAUAUAUCAUGUAAGCUGAAAGAUUUGAUUCUACAUACGAAUAUCUCUGCUUAUCUCACAAGUGAGACAAAUUUCAAGUGAUGAUUAUUAAUAUGAGUCUUAGACCUGUAUCAAUAGUUGUUACUUGAAGCCUGCUUCAGACGAGACAUGCAGAUUUGAAUUCAGAUUUCUGCGAUUAAAGAUAUAAAUGUCACAUAUAAUUCAACUGAAAAACUUGGACCUAACUCUAAACAAAAAUCUGAGUACUUCAUGUGAGAUAAAAGUUCCAUAUGACAACUAUUAAUACGGGCCUUAGACCUGUAUCAAUAAUCGUUAGUUGAAACUUGCCUCAAGUCAGAUUUGAAUUUAGAGUUAGAUGUAAGCUUCUCAGCUGAAUAAUAAUUACAGAUGUAACGUCACAUAUAUUGUAUGAUUCAAAUAAAAAACUCAAAUCUGACUCUAAAUUCAAAUCUGAGCAUUUCAUAUGGAACAAGUUUCAAGUAAUGGUUAUUAGUACAGGCUUUAGGGAUAAAGUUACGUCUUUCUUCCAUUCUUUAUUGUUUAUGAACGCCGUGUGUAUUUGUGAGUGUGUGCUUGCAUGAAUCUGGUCGGUCUGCGAGCCUGUGAAUGAACCCGUUUUCCCGAUCCCGUUGUACUAUAAUACUUGUUUAUUUAUACGACUGCGUUUGCUCACGUCACUCUACCUUAUCGUAAUCACAAUUAACCGACGACAAUGCCUACAGAAAUCGUCUCACGUGUACGUAAUCGCGACGCGGCACACCGUAGGGAGCUUUACGGCGGCUUUCGCUUCCGAUGCGACUCCUCCUCGCUCUUGUUCGCACGAUCGCGUCAACGUUAAUUAGCGACCACCGCGAAAACGGCAGUACACGGCGCCAUCGACGCGUCGGUGGCCUAAGUGGUGAAGCGUGUAACUUAAUCGGGCACGUACGUAUCUCGUUCGUUCUCCCCGAGUUCCGAACGAAGCGUUCGACUUCCGCACCUCGAAUUCCGAUAGAGCUUGCGGAGCUACGCGGCGUGACACCGCGUUGGGAGAAAUUAAUUAUGAUACGACUUGAUUAAAUAUAUAUCUCUAGUCGUAUAGCGGGUGGCCACUGCCGUAAGUUGCGUUCUAUAUACUACCAGGACUUGUGUGUAUGCGUUACAAGUGUUCUUCGAUUAAUAGUAUUGAGAUCUUUACUUGUAGCUGUACAAUAUUUAAGCGCGAGAAAUCUGUAAAAAACUGUUAAUACCUAAUAAUAAAUUUAUUAUAUUUACAUAAA